AUGGGAUCCAUAGACCAGAAACCCGGUAUGCUACUCGUGCACCCACGUUUACUUCACGGGAGCGGAGAUUCUAGCCCAUACUUCUGGCGGUGGACAAAACUGCAUUUCAGAGAUAUGAUCAACAUGUCCGCGGGCCAACAUUCCAACGGCAAAGUCACCUCUUGCUUGCGGUUUGCUAGAUCCGAUGAGGGAAAUGGGUAUGGACACAACCCAGAGGGAGACACAAAGCCAAUGUUUGUGUACGCAUGUCUUGUUGACAACUUGGACGUCUUGAAGAGCAAGGCAUACGAUGAUGUAAGCCGCGCUUUGAAUUUGGAAACCACAAGGAAGCUGGGCGAGGAUGAAUGCCCAGUAGGAUACAGUGAAGGUUUAGAGCAAGAGGGUAAAGAGCCAAUGGUGUUCGACAUUGUUGAUGCCAAGUUCGCUGUCUAUGAAGAGAUU